AUGAGAUUUCAAUAAAAGUUCCCAAAUUAAAAUAUAUAAAAUCGAAAGUAAUUUUAUACUCAGUUCAGUCACAGUUUGAAAUCGUACUACUAAAAACGUAUACAAGAGAUUAACUUUUAAUAAUUAGAAGUCACAAUGAGUAGCAAAAUUAUAUAUUUUGCAUUAGUACUGAUUUUAUUUGCCCAAAUUGGCAUAUCUCGUCGAACCAGCGACUCAUCCCAGGAAUCUGAAGAAAGCAAAACAGAAGUAAAUGUAAAGAUAGCCAUCAAAAAUAAUUUAAAUGAUAAUGAUUCUAGUUCUGAAUCUGAUUCGGAAGAACUUAAAUUAGAAGAAGAAGUGCAAAUAGAAAUAUUUAAUAGGCUAUUUAGUGAUUUAAUUGAUUUCGCUAAUUUAACAGUUGAAGAUACAAAAGUCUUAUUAACCCAAACAUUAAUUGACAUCACAAAAACUACAGAAAAAAGUGAAGAAGUAGAUAAGCAUUUCAAAGUAUUUUCCGAUUUCUUAGAGAAAGCAGAACAAUCUAAAACCAUCACUUCACCUUAUAAACAAAAAAGAUAUUUAAUUGAACUGGCAUCCUCAAUCCCUAGCAUGUUCAUUCGGUAUGAUACAAAAACCACAAAUAAAUUCACAGUGGAAGAGGCUUUGAUUCAUCUUGCAUUGCUAAAAAAUGGAUUUACGGUCUACGAGGAUAACUACUACAACCGUUUGAAAGUUUGUAUGGAAAAAAUAGAAGAAAAAGUACAACUACACAUCAGCAAACAUUCAAAUGAAGACAAACAGAAGGUGGAAUUCAGGGAAUGGUAUGAAAAAUUCAAUAAUGAGAAAGAUGCAGAUGCAAAGUAUCAAAUCGUCCUUGAAUUCUUUAAAUAAAA